AUGGCAGACAAUGUAACAACAAAACAGAAUGCUGGAUUACAAGAAGCUGUUUCAUUUAGUGUUGCUGUUGAUGAAAGUACCGACGUAAAUGAUAUUGCGCGGCUUGCAGUAUUUGCACGGUAUUGUGAUAAAGAUCAAGUUUAUGAAGAAUUGUGUACUUUGAUUCCUCUGUCUGGGACAACUAAGGGGGAGGAUAUUCUUUCUUCAUUCAUAAGUUAUUUUGACAGCAAGAACAUUAAUGUCAAAAAAAUAUUUUCUGUAACUACUGACGGCGCAGCUGCAAUGAUUGGCAAAUAUAGAGGAUUUGUCAAACUUCUUGAAAAUCAUAUUGGACAUAAAAUAUUGAACUUCCAUUGUAUAAUACACCAGGAAAGUUUAGUUGCCAAAAUUUCGUCACAGCGCUUAAUUCCUGUAAUGAACACUGUUGUUAAAAUAGUUAAUUUUAUAGUGUCUCGCUCUUCACUAACACACAGACAAUUUAAAUCUCUUUUAGAAGAAAUGGAAAGUGAAUAUGUUGAUCUUCCCUCAUACAGCCAUGUUCGUUGGCUUAGUCGAGGCAAUGUCUUAAAUAAGUUUGUGUCAUGUCUGGAACCCAUCAAAGUUUUUCUUAACGAAAAGGAACAACAUUUCCCCGAAUUGAACGAUAAAGAAUGGUUAGGCAAAUUAAUGUUUCUGACCGAUGUAACAAAUCAUCUAAAUGAACUAAACUUGAAAUUGCAAGGAAAGCGCCAAACGGUGCUCGAAUUAUUUGAAUAUUGA